CUCUUCUGAUCUGUGUUUUACCCUACUGAAUGUUUAUGUUUAUUUCAACAAAUUUUUCACAAAUAAGAUUACAUUCUCUCGGAUUUUACUUAAGAAGAAUGGGUAGAAGAAAUCGUAACGUCAAUAAGUUUGCUCAACGUAAGAGAGAGCGAAGGGAACAGGAGAAAAAUCCUCAAGAGAAACCUGCUGGUGAUACACGUAAACAUUAUGAAGAUAUUGUCAGAGAAAAUGCUGCGUUUGAAGAAUAUUACAAGGUACAAAAAGUCUGCCCUGAUGAAGAGUGGGCAAUAUUCAUGAAGACAAUCAAGGAGAACCUUCCAACAGCAUUCCGCAUCACAGGCUCCAAGUGUGAGGCUGAUGCAUUGCUGAAGAUUGUCAAAAGUGAAUACUUCUCAGAGCUGCUAAAUGUGAAGCUCAAAGUUGAAGGGACUGAUGAAGAGGAAGAGAUUAAACCCAUAAAUUUACCAUGGUAUCCCGGUGGUCUCGCCUGGCAGCUACGCCUCUCGCGAACAGAUAUCCGCCGUAGUGAACCGCUGUAUCGCCUUCACAAUUUUCUGGUCGCGGAGACCGCGGCUGGUGGCGUGUCUCGCCAGGAGACCGUCUCCAUGAUUCCACCUGUUGUACUUGACGUUCAACCACAUCAUAAGGUAUUAGACAUGUGCGCGGCUCCUGGUUCCAAAACGGCACAACUAAUCGAGUUUCUACACGCAGAUGAAGAAAAAAUGCCCACUGGAUUUGUGAUGGCGAACGACGUCGACAACAGCCGCUGCUACAUGCUGGUACACCAGGCCAAGAGACUCAACUCACCCUGUAUACUCAUCACCAAUCACGACUCUGCUGUAAUGCCAUCACUACUCGUCGGUGAUGAACAGAAUCCUUCAGCAACCAAACAGUUGAAGUUCGACCGCAUACUAGCAGACGUGCCAUGCUCAGGUGACGCCACACUGCGCAAGAAUCCAGACAUCUGGCUCAAAUGGUCCACAGGAAAUGGGAAUAACUUACACGGGGUUCAAUACCGCGUGGCUCGACGAGGCUGCGAGAUGCUGGCCGUGGGCGGGCGGUUGGUAUAUUCCACUUGCUCCUUCAACCCGGUAGAGAACGAAGCUGUGGUACAUCGGAUACUGCAGGAGGCUGGCGACACACUGCGGCUGGUCGACGUCGCUGAUAUGCUGCCCGGCCUCAAGUACAAGAAAGGAAUGACCCACUGGCGUCCUGCAUCGAAAGACAUGGUGUUUUACGACAAAUAUGAAGAUGUACCAGAGAAGUGGCAGACGGUAGUGAGACCACAGAUGUUCCCGCCCAAACCCGAGGAUGUACACAAAUAUAACUUGGAGAGAUGCAUAAGAAUCCUACCCCACCAGCAAGACACUGGCGGAUUCUUUGUAGCAGUAUUCGAAAAGACUGCUCCAUUACCUUGGGAAAAAGAACAAAAGACAGAAAACAGCACAGAAGUCACAGAAGAGAAGAAAGAGCCGCCGAAAAAGAAACGAAGGAUGGGUGGCUACAGAGAAGAUCCAUUCGUAUUCUUCUCCGGGGACAGUGAGGAUGUGUUCCCGUCGAUAAAGGAGUAUUAUGAUUUGCAGCCGGACUUCGAUUCCACCUGCCUCUUGACCAGGUGUCAUGUAGGGAAGAAGAAGAAUAUAUAUUUAGUGUCGCCAAUAGUGAAAGAUGUAGUGCAAAGAAAUGAGACGAAUAUAAAAAUUAUUAAUACCGGUGUGAAAACGUUUGUGAGGUGUGACAAUAAGAAUAUGGUGUGCCCAUUUAGGUUAUCUCAGGAAGGUCUGCAGAGUAUAUCGCCGUCGAUAGGCCCUAAACGGCGGCUUAGGAUAUUGAAGGAAGAUCUGAUUCUGGUACUACAGAAUGACAAUCCCAGUAAUCCACCCGACAUCAAGCUGUUCAGUGAACACACGCAGGAGCUGGUCAAAGACUUCGCAACUGGUAGCUGUGUUCUCGAAUACCGAGAUAGCGAGUCCAGCCUGGAGUUGACACUAGUCGGAUGGCGAGGGGUGCAUUCUCUCCGCGCCUACACCGCCACGCCGGACACCGUCCACUAUUUGAGAUUGUUAGGAGCUGAUUACAGCAAAUACGACAUAAACAAAUUUAAAAAGGCAUCAGAUGUACCAGCGACGGAUGCGGUCUCUGUAGAAGUAUCUGAAGUAUUACAGUCUACAAGUUUGGAAGAAAAUGGCGCGAAAAACGGUGAAAACAUAGACGAAUGAAGCACAGACUAUAUCUAGUUAGUGGAAAUUUAAUAUUUAUUAACUUUGUGCAUUUGUAAUAAUGUGAUUUUUUAUGUAUUUCAAUGAUAAUAUUUACCAAUAAGUAAUACAGUUGUGUAUUUAUU